AGAUGCCAGAGCUGAUUGAUGAACUCCAGGCGAAUCCUUAACUGCAAGAAAUUGAGAUCUGACUAAAGAAAGCUUUCCCGACUUUCCUGCUGCAUCGAAUGACACGACGAUGCUUCUCAAGUUUUCGAUCAUAUUAUCGGGAAGCAUGCUCUGGGGAAAGAAUACUCAUCCUCUCGUAUACCGUGGAUGGCAGACAGUUGCUGUUUAGCAUUCAGAGAGCUGCUUCGCGAGAAAUACGACAAGUAUAAGAGAGCCCGAGAACGACAGGAAAAGGACGCGGAAGACUCGCUCGCUCGCGCGGUCGUCUCCGCCCUCGACCGAUACGAGAGCAGGAUGAUCCGAUUCCUGGAUGGACCCUGGAGGGCCAGCCGGGAGGAGCUGAGGGAUCGGCACGCGGAGUAUUCCCGGGAGGCCAUCCGCGCCGUCUGGGAGAGAGGGAGGCGGCAUCCCCGCGUGUCCGGGGCGCACGUGGACAAGUUCGCGCGG